ACUUCUACUCCUCUUCAUCAUCUUCUCCUUUAUCUCCUUCCUUCCUCCCCUCUCUCUCAUCUCUAUCUCUCUCUCUACAAUUUUCUUGCUUUGAUUCCAUGUAUUUCUAAAAAACCCUUGAAACUUUCUAAAAGAGAAAAAAAGAGAUCAAAGUUAAACCAUGGUUUUCUCAUCUGUUGCACCCUUUCUUGAUCACCACAAUUGGCAUCAACAGUUGCAACAAUCAAACAACCCGCAACAAGGAAAUGAUGGUGGAAGCGAAAACCCUAAUUUCCAGUCACCACUGGUGCCUCCACAACGCGGUGGAGAAGGCUCGAUCCGCCCAGGAUCGAUGGUGGAUCGAGCCAGACUAGCAAAGCUACCCAUGCCUGAGCCAGGAUUAAAUUGUCCACGUUGUGAUUCAACCAACACCAAGUUUUGCUACUUCAACAACUACAGCCUCACACAGCCUAGACACUUUUGCAAGACAUGUAGGCGUUAUUGGACACGCGGUGGUGCGCUAAGGAAUGUUCCGGUUGGGGGAGGUUGUAGGAGGAACAAAAGAAGUAGCAAACAUAGCAGAUCAAAAUCUCCAAGCCAAAAGGGGACUAAAUCCUUAAAUGGAAGUCCAUCAAGGUGUAGCACUGAAAACAUAGCAACAAGUACUCAAAUCCCACACCCUCCAUCUCUUCAAAUGCCCUUCAUGAGCUCUUAUGGAGGUGUUGCUAGCAAUAUCAUAUCAAGUGUUGGUGGAUUUCAUACUCAAAGUGAAAUUGGUAAUUUCCAGUUAGGAACUGGAGGCUCAAAUGCCACUAACUUGAAUAAUAUUUUAUCAAUUGGAAGUGGUGAGACUUGGAGAUUGCCAUUCUUAGCAGGAUUUGAAGUACCUAACAAUACCAAUUUUCUCUACCAAAGUGAAGUUGCAGUUGAAGCACCGGCAUCUACAAUGCUUGAGAACUCUCGGGUAAAUCCUCCUGUGAAAGUCGAAGAAAACCGAGACCUGAAUUUAUCAAAACAAAUUCUGAAUAUCCCUGAGAACACCAAUCAACAACCAUGGCAAGUGGGAAAUAAUUGGGCUGAGUUUUCUGGUGUCAAUGCUUCUUCUACUCCUACAACAAAUUUCAUAUAAGUAACUUGCUCUUUGGGGAAGUUCAUUGAACUAUUGAUCAAAUUUGAAGCACUCAGCUGAGUUGACUCACUCUCCAAACCCUAGACUGGUAGUAAGAAUGUGAUAUGGUCUCUCUUAAUUAAGAUUGUUUAUUGCAGAAGAAACAAUGGUAGGAUUACUAUAUGGUAAUCAAAUGUAAUGUGAUGGUAAUUAGUAGUAUAAUUAAGGAGUUUUUAAGUCUUUAAGAAUUCAAUUACUAGUACUUUAUUAAAUUGUAUGCAAAGUGUGUGCUAGUUUGUGUUGAUUAUGUUAUAUAUGAUGAGAUUAUCAUAUGGUUA